UCUGAGAACAAGAAACAUCACAAAACAUUUUUAAAAAAAUUCAUUUUUUUCAAAGCCUCUCAAAUCUAUCUUCUUCUUCUUCUUCUUCGUCUGUCUUGACUGCCUGCCAAGCUUUAUUGAACUCGCAAAGAGUUGAGAGAGACAAUGGCAAGUUGCAGCAUGGCAUCAGCUGCUACUGGGUUUGUACUGACACCCACUGGCACACCCAGUUCAGGCUCGGCUUCUAGGAGCAGCAGCAUGGUGUUCUUCUCUUCAAAGCCUAACAACAGCAGGCUUGUCGUCAGGGCGUCUGAGGAGGCAGCAACACCACCACCGGCAGCCGCCGCUGCUACUACCACUGCCCCUGCAGAAGACGCGGCUCCCAAGCCCAAGCCACCUCCGAUUGGACCCAAGAGAGGUACCAAGGUGAAGAUCCUUAGGAGGGAAUCCUACUGGUACAACAGCUAUGGUUCAGUUGUAGCAGUUGACCAGGAUCCAAAGACAAGGUACCCAGUCGUGGUUCGAUUCAACAAGGUGAACUAUGCGAAUGUAUCUACAAACAACUACGCAUUGGACGAGAUUGAAGAAAUAAAAUGAAGAUGAUUUGAUCAAUCUAGCUUUGGUUCCAUCCUCAUCCCUGUCUCUUCUCGCUAUAAGAAACUUGCUUUGUACCUGUAACAUGUAUCAUAUUAUUUUACUCACGCCUCAUUUAUUAUUUCUUCUCUCUUCUCAUCAAA